AUGGAGAACUCAGCAAGGACGUUCAAUACGUCCUUGGAGGCCAAACAGCCCUUCCCUCCCCUGUUGACCGAAGACCCUACAUCCGCGGAAGAACCGGAAGAGAGUUAUGAAGACGAGAGUAUCACCUCCACCGGAUAUGAGGAGAUUGAGGUGGAAGAUGAUGCGGACUUCCAGUCGCACUACUCGCUAGAGCAUCAAUCAUUCUCCGAUACAGACUCCGAUGACUCCUCUAACAUUGAGCGGAAUCAUACAUUUCACCAGUCCUCCAGCUCUCUCCAUGGCCCCAAUGCAUUCGCGCCUCCGUUCUACAAUCGCCCACCCACCCCUCUACCACCCUCUCCAUCACUCACUUCUCUUCUUCGGCCGCCAUUUUCGACCACUACAUCACGCCCGACUACCCCGGAUAGUUCCGAUGUAGAAACUCCUAACGAUACCGAGGCGGCAGUCGCCAAGUCAGCUCGUCGCGCAACCACCGUCCCGCGCGCCAGCCCCAAGGUGCCUACCUAUGAAUACUAUGGCUUCGUGUUAUACCUAGCUUCAUCCUCGGCUUUUUUGUUUUAUCUCCUAUGGUCUUAUCUCCCAUCCCCUUUCCUGCACCAGCUAGGUAUCUACUAUUAUCCCAACCGUUGGUGGUCGCUGGCAAUCCCCGCAUGGUUGGUGAUGCUACUUAUCUACAUUUAUGCCGCACUCGCCACAUAUAAUACAGGCUACCUUACCUUGCCCAUGCACAGCAUCGAGAACAUUGUUGACGAGGUCGCGAAUGUAUCGGUGAUUGAUGGAAAGGCGCGCAGACGUCCCGGUGGUGCUACCAAGAUGAAGCCCGGUGCCACCUCCUAUCAGAUCAUGGGCCCCCAAAAUCGCAAGGUCAAUUGGCGUGAAAUUUGGAAUGAGGGAACCGACGCCGUCAUGGACGUGCCGGUAGGGGGCGUGUCUGAUUACUCCGAAACAUUGAUUUCCGUGCUCUUACUUCUGGGAUACGGCAAUGACGUCGCGUUUAGAAUCCGAAUAUCACGUGACUGGCAGAUCAGGGCUCUGGCCGCCUUCUGUCUUGAUGUUCACACCACCGAAACUGUGGACAUCGAAAACGACCGCUACUUUCCACAGGUCAAAAAACUAUCUCAUGAUGUCAGGAGAACAGCCCUCAACCCCGCCUUCGCAGCACAAGGGCUCGAGCGCAGGACAGCUUCACCGCGCUCCCAUGACUCCAGAACAGCAACGGAGGAUACUAAAGCUCUUCGGGAGAAACGUGAAGCCGAAAUAUCUCAAGCCGCUCCAAACAUCUCCCAGCCUGCAACAGGCGCCAAGCGCUCGUUCACCUCGAUGGCGACAUCCUAUCAGCCUGCUAAUUUGCGCGAUGCAUCUUCUUCCAAUCGCCCACUAGACUCGAUUAAACCAGCCCGAAACUUCACCAGCUAUGUCGACUACGACUUUAGCAAGAUGACCGACACGAAGGGUGGAUUUUUGACACAAGAGGAUGACCCGUUCAAUAAACAACUACACGUGCCGGAUGGGAAAGAAGUGCCAAAGCCAGCACACAUGACGCAGAGGGAAUGGGAACGCCAUCAGAUACUCCAAUCACUUAAGCGAAAUCGGGAGGGGCCCUUUGAACCGGGUCUAAGUGUCCUGGAUGAUAAAAGCCAGCAGAAGACAUGUCGUGAAUGUGGCAGUCGCGAAAUUGAUUGGAAAUGGGAAGAAGAACUAAAGUGUUGCAUCUGUCAUGCUUGCAAGGAGAAACACCCAGAGAAAUACAGUUUGUUGACCAAGACAGAAGCCAAAGAGGAUUAUCUCUUGACAGAUCCCGAACUCCGAGACGAAGAACUUCUCCCACGGCUCGAGCGUCCGAAUCCACAUAAAUCUACGUGGAACAGCAUGAUGUUGUAUCUACGAUACCAGGUCGAAGAAUACGCGUUUUCCGACAAGAAAUGGGGCUCAACAGAGGCGUUAGAUGCUGAAUUCGAGCGGCGAGAAAGUGACAAGAAACGGCGACGGGAGGCCAAAUUCAAAACUAAGCUGCAGGAGCUGAAGAAACGCACACGUGUGGAGGCCUACCGACGCAAUCGUCAAGGUGCUUCGGGCGGAGAGUUUGGCGACGAUCUCGGUUCUGGGCGGAAGCAUGUUCACCAAUGGGGUCGAUCCAUUGAUAACCCAGAAACUGGAAUUGGUGUCAAGACGUGUGUAGAAUGUGGGAUGGAAGUGGAAGAACUCGAGUUCUAG